UCAGGUUACGAGGACCAUUCAGCCACUUGGAUCAGAAUUCAAUGAUCCGCGAAUUCUAACUUCUGUCAGUUCGCGAUUUUCUUAGCACCACCGUCAGUCAAUGUCAUCGACGAGCAUUUGUCCUCACACCCGACCUGGGGAACCCCACUUGUUACGACUUCUCCCUAAAAAUCUAGGCAAUUUCGUUCUGUAGUCCGUCACAAGUGAGCAUCAGAUUUAUUUUAAAAAGGUAGUGUGUGUGUGAGAGUAUUAGCGGCUAUUUGAUCUUAGCUGAAGAGUUCCAAACUAGGAAGAAACAGGUGUCUAAUACUCACUGGUUUUCAAUGGUUUUCUAAUUGAUAUCAAUCGAUGAUCAAACUUGGGCAAAAUCUUUUGGAAACUAAUUUUACCGUAAAACAAAGUAAUUUAGAGCGAAUACCUCAAAGCUUGAUGUCUGUUCUACGUUUAAUGUAAGUCUUAAACGCACAUAGUCGUAGUACUUAUACCCUUAUAACGAUUAUCCUCAUACUCUAAAAUCAAUUUUAUUUGAUCUUAUAUUAAUUUAUUUAUUUAUAAAUAAUUUACUUUUAGACAUGUUUCAUGAAGUCAGCUUAACCCUAUCCAAAGACGGUGUUGUCAGUCUUGUUGAUGAUAGUGAUGCUGUCAAGAAAAGCGAAGUUGUUUCCAGGACAAGAAUUCAAAAUGAGAAACGUUUAUGCUCUCUGGAUAAUCUACACUACAUUUAUACACGUUUUUGCAUUAUCAGCGCAGAUAGACAACCAUUGAAUAUCAAUUCUCCACUCACUACAACUGAAUUAUGCUUUGCUGUUCGACAAGCUAUCGACAGUACAAUAAAAGAUUUAUUUGAUGAUAAUAAUAAUAAUAAUAAUGAAAAUAAUAACAGUUAUCAAUCAUCAAUUCGUUCAUGGUCUAUUAUAUUAGCUGUACCAUUUAAUAAUGUAGAAAAGAUAACCGCAGCAUUAAGUUUUAUGACAAAUGAUUUAGCUGGUGAAGAAUUUAUCAAUACACUGCUUGGGGGUGAAUCAAUAAAUUUAAAAUGUUACAAUAAUUCAUUAAAAUUCUAUGCAGAUGUUAUAUCAGUUUCUAAUUCAUUAUUUAAUCUAUCAUGUAUACCUGUAUUUCAUAAUCUGAAAUGA